AUGACCGAUUUAGGCCAAAACACAACUGAUCCUAAGCUUUUUCGUCCAGUUUGUUUCCUUGGUAAUGGAUCUUUUUCCUAUGUUUACUUGGUCAGAUCCCACCAUGAACACGAUCGAGAUGAUUCGUAUGCAUUGAAGCGCUAUUUCCUUCGGAAACCGGAAGUCCUUCUCUUCGCCCAGAAAGAGUACCGAGUUCUUGAGUUGUUAGCGUUGGAUUUCAACAAAUCCCCAUUUCUUCCGACACUCUAUUACAGUUUUACUAUCGACGUUUCCCCAACUUUUGUGGUUGAAUUUGAAACGGACAUUACUCUUAGUGAAAUUGUAACGGUGCGCGGUGGCAUGCGAGUCGAGCGUGCUCGAUUUUAUCUAACCGAGGUAAUUUGUGCUGUGAGGUACCUUCAUGAUAAAGAAAUUGUGCACAUGAAAUUGAAACCCAAUAAUGUGCUUCUUACAAAAUCUGGCCACAUUAAAUUGAUAGACUUUGAUCAUUCCUAUAAUUUGUUUGAAAAUCUUGGAAGACGUCCAACUUAUAUCGAUUUUUCAGUAGAUAAUUACUUUGCUGCCCCCGAAGUCGUAGGCAAGGUGGCUAUAACCAAGAAGGCGGAUAUUUGGUCACUUGGUGUUUUGAUGGCAUCUUUAAUGGAUAGAAGUAUUCGCCGAGGAAAGAGGAAAGACGGCACGCAUCUAGCGAAGGUGGGUUAUUGGAGUAUUAAGCGAUUCUCAAAAUUGAGGACAGAUUUGAGGAAUUUUUUCAAAGCUGUAUUCACUCUCCCUUACAGUCGACGACCAAGUAUAGAAGAAGUUCAAAGGCAUGCCUUUUUCCAAAAUGUGAAUUGGGGAGCAGUUGAAUCACUGGCCAUCAAACCGCCAUUCUCACCUCUGGAGCUGGAGUCCAUGGCCUCUCGAUUAUGGCGAGGUCCUCACUACAACCAGUCCCUAGUCCUCGACUCCAUCUAUAAUAGGUGCAUGCCAAAAAUGGCGAAGUGCAGAACUAUUUCUACAAGGCAUGAUCCAGAUUGCGAUCCUGUUCGCAUCGAACCUGUAACAUCGAAAUUUAGAAAAAUUGGCUGCACAUUCGACGAUGUUACCAAGGCAUUGAAGGAAUUCAACUUCAUACAUCCUUAUUUGAGCUAUAAACGGACUUUACAAGAAGGAAAAUUCACGGAAAGUUAUAUGGAAAGCACGUCGGUAGAAAAUAUGGACAAAGUAACAUAA